AUAUUACAGGAUUAUAUAUCUUUUGGUUCAGGAGAACCCACAGCUCACGAGUAUCAUUCCUUUGUGUUAUAUCACAACAACAGUCCCAGGUGGUCAGAACUAUUAAAGCUUCCUAUUCCUGUGGAUAAAUUCAGAGGAGCACAUAUCCGUUUUGAAUUUCGGCAUUGUUCUACAAAAGAAAAGGGCGAGAAAAAAUUAUUUGGCUUUUCCUUCAUACCACUUAUGCAAGAGGAUGGCCGAACGUUUCCAGAUGGCACCCAUGAGCUCAUUGUUCAUAAGUGUGAAGAGAACACAGUUUUCCAGGAUUCCUGCCGCUACCUCAAACUCCCAUUUUUGAAAGGAAAUCAACAUGGAAAUAAUAAUCAAGCAGUUAAAACUACAAAAGAGUCUUUUUGGAUAACCUCAUUCCUUUGUUCAACCAAGCUGACACAAAAUGGGGAUAUGUUGGAUCUACUGAAAUGGCGAAUGCAUCCAGAUAAAAUCCCAGGCUGCUUGUCCAAAUUAAAGGAAAUUGAUGGUUCAGAAAUUGUUAAGUUUCUUCAAGAUACACUGGACACUUUAUUUGGUAUUUUAAAUGAAAGUUCUCAGAAAUAUGCAUCAAAGGUAUUCGAUUGCUUGGUACACAUAAUUAACUUGCUACAGGACAGCAAAUUUCAGCACUUUAAGCCCGUAAUGGACACUUACAUAGAAGGGCAUUUCUCUGGUGCUCUUGCAUAUAGAGACCUCAUAAAAGUGCUGAAAUGGUAUGUGGACCGAAUAAUUGAAGCUGAGAGACAAGAGCAUAUCCAGGAGGUAUUAAAGGCCCAGGAAUACAUCUUCAAAUAUAUCGUUCAGUCUCGAAAGCUGUUUGCUUUUGCAACAGGAGGACAGAAUGAGGAGGAAUUUAGGUGUUCUAUUCAAGAACUUUUGAUGUCUAUCCGCUUUUUCUUAUCCAAAGAAAGCAAGGGAGCUAGUGCUUUAGCCCAGUCGCAGGCUGUGUUUCUGAAUUCUUUCCCAGCUGUUUACUCUGAGCUGCUGAAACUGUUUGAUGUUCGGGAAGUGGCAAAAAUGGUGCAUGAUACCCUGGGCAGUUUGCCAACAGUCAUGCACGCAGAUGAUGCGCUUCAAGAUAUAAAACUUCAGUGUAUUGCUAAAACAGUGGAGAGUGAGCUAUACAGCAAUCCAGAGUCCCGUUUUAUACUCCUCCCCAUCGUCCUCCACCACCUCCACAUGCAUCUGCAGGAGCAUAGAGAUCUUGUAAUGUGCGCACGUAUCCUUAGCAACAUGUUUUGUCUAAGCAAGAAAAACAGCUCAGAAAAGUGUGCCAUGAAGGAAAUUGAUGUGAUUGUUAACAGUCUGCUGGACAUUUUACUGAGGACAAUUUUGGAGAUUACAAGUCGACCUCAGCAGUCAGGCUCAGCAAUGAGGCUACAGUUUCAAGAUGUGACUGGGGAGUUUGUGGCAUCUUUGCUCUCUCUGUUGAGACAAAUGACAGACAGACAUUACCAACAACUUCUUGAGAGCUUCAACACAAAGGACGAGCUAAGGGAUUUUUUGCUGCAGAUCUUUACUGUAUUUCGGAUACUUAUAAGACCCGAAAUGUUUCCUAAAGACUGGACUGUGAUGCGUUUUGUUGCCAACAAUGUUAUUAUUACAACAGUACUGUAUCUUUCGGAUGCAUUGCGGAAGAACUUUUUGAAUGAGGGCUUUGACUAUAAGAUUUGGGAUUCAUACUUUUACCUUGCAGUUAUUUUCAUAAACCAGUCAUGUUUCUGCAGUUGGAAAUGUUUACCCCUUCCAAGAUGAAAAAAGUCCUUGAAAACGAAAUCUGCAAUCACAAGAGAAAGAAGCAGCUAGUAGUGCUAAAGAGUACUAGUAUUAACUUUAAUGGUUUUUCAUAUCAUGGCUUUGUUCUC